GAAAAAAAAAAGCAGAAGCUGUCUGGUUUCUUCCAGGAAAAGAGCUGUUGGUGGUGGUUGUUUUGCUGGUUCGUGUGUUUCAGACAUGGAGAGUAAAAUGACGGCUUUGUUGUUGCUGCUGAGUGCUGGAGCUUUGUUGUUUUCCACAAACGCUCAGGAAGGUUACGGUAAUCUCCCUGAGAUUUACAGGACAGGAGUGCAUCUGGCCCUGCUGAAGAUACACUCCCAUCCCGGAAUCCAGCAGCAUUUUCUCUUUUUCAGAAGUCUCCAGAAAUCAGACAUUGGGCAUGGAUUCAAUGUGAGCUACGUAUACCAUAACUUCCACCUUAAAGCCACCAAGUGCCUGAAAGGAGCCGCAAACACCACGGCAUGUCACUUCAGGAAUGACAGACCACUGAUUGACUGUGCAGUUUGCUACAAAACUUACAACGGACAGAUUGAAGAAGUGCCCAAACCGUAUGUUCACUGUAUUCACAAACCGUCACUGACAGAGGUGAUGAAGACGACGAGAGUGCAGCACUGCACCGAGAUGACUUACAACAUGGGCGGCCCAAAUCUCCUUUCCUCGUCAAAUUGAAUAUUUUGCACU